AUGGACGACUCCGGCGCCGCUGAGGAACAGCCUCAACAGCCAAUUAAUACCAAUGAUGAGACGAGGAAGUCUCAAGCCAUGACUCCUUCAGCCCAGCCUUCCAAUCAUCCAUCGCCCCAACAGCAAGCCGGCCCCUCAGUGAACACUCCCGCCUCUGCUCCGGCUCCCGGACCGUCAACAUCAACACCGGGACCUCCCCCAUCCGACACAGGCGCCGACGCCGGUUCCGAGCCCGUCAACCCCCGAAAGCGCAAAAAGGCCUCAAGAGCCUGCGACUUCUGCCACGUAAAUCACCAACCCUGCGACAACGGCCAACCCAAAUGUUCCGUCUGCACCAGACACAACAAGCCCUGCCUCUACUUACGGCCCACCAAACGACGCGGUCCGCAAAAGGGUUACCGCACCGCUCUCAACACCUAUAGAGAGAGCGCCGCAGCAUGGGGUGCCGUAUUGGGAGCCAUCCCGGGACUAGAUGCCCUGAUCGAAGGCCAUCUGAGAGCGGCGGGCACCCAGGGGAAGCAGAUCAUUGCCAGUAUUAAAGACGCGAAUGCGCAGGAGGGGUUGAUUGCUAGGUGGCAGGGGAGUGGAGUUUUUAGAGCCUUUUUUGGGGCGAGGCCGGGGAUAGGAACGGGGGAAGGGAAUGGUGAGCAGGAGGGGACGCAGGGGGAGAGUCAAGAUGGAGGGAUAGAAGAUGAGGAGAUGGGUGGUAUGGCUGGGUCUCCGAGUGUUGUUGCUCAAGGAGUAAUGGGAGGAGUAGGAGGACAAGGAGGACAACUACCACCUGCAAAGAGGUUCGCUCGAGAAACGAAACAGAGGAGACAAGUAGCCAGGGAUUUGGCCCAGUUACAACAGCAGCAGCAGCAGCAGCAGCAGCAGCAACAGCAACAGCAGUCGGCCACGACGGGGAUAGGAGGAGGAAUAAGACGACAAUCGAUAUCCCCAACGGAAUCACCAGCGCCAUCAUUAUCGAUACCGCCGCCACCAUUAUUACAACAAGCAGCCACAACGACAGCAGCAGUCACAAUACCAGCCUCAGCAGCGGCAGCAUCAACGCCAGUAACCCGUCAUGGCCCCGGCAUAAGCAGUACGAUGACCACGCUCAACACCACCACAUCCAAGUUCACCAUACCCGAUUCCACCCUCUCAGAUAUCGUAGCCAAAGAUGCUGCUCAAUCCUCCUCCCGAGAAUCCCAAACCCUCCGCCCCCUCGGCUUCGCCCCCGACGAGACCAUAGCCGACUUUUACAGCAUGGGCUCGAAUCCCGAUCCCAUGACGCCCGCUAAUAACGCCAGCGCCAACAAUAGCUACAACAAUAACUACAACAAUAAUAACGGCGGCGGUGGGUACGGUAGUGGUAGGAAUGGUGGGAAUGGUGGGAAUGAUGGGUACGGUAGUGGUGGUGGUGGUGCUGGGGGUGGUGGUGAUGAUGACUUUCUGUUUGAUUCAGAGCAGAGGGCUUAUUAUGAGCUAUUGAUGGGGAGGAGUUUCUGA